AUGGCCGAGGCUCUAGUUUCCAUUCUGGUAGAGGAGGUUGCUUUCAUAGCUAUUCAACAAUUAGACAAAGAGGUUAGAUUGGUGAAUGAUGUGGACAAACAUGUUAUACAGCUGAAGAACAACCUGGAAGCUAUUCAAGUUGUGCUUGAAGAUGCAGAAAGAAGACAAUUGGCAGAUCUGAAUGUGAGAAAUUGGCUUGACAGGCUGAAAAGCACAUCUUUUGAUAUGGAUAACUUGUUGGACAAAUGGAGCACUGCUAUUCUGAAAUUGAAUAUGGAAGAAAUAAAUGUUCCCACUCAGACUAGAUCCAAAUUAAAAAAAAUUACUCUGCGUCUUGAUAUUGCCCGCAAAAUCAAAGAUGUCAAUAGAAAACUAGAGAGAAUUGUUGUUGAGAAAGAUAGGUUUAAACUUGAUACAACAGUUGUGCAAGAACCUGUUUUGCGUCCAAAGACUACCUCUUUCAUUAAUGAAGCUGAAAUAUAUGGUCGUGACAUGGAUAAACAUAUUUUGGUGAGCAAGUUGGUAUCUGAGAGUAGUACUCAUCAAGAUAGACGACUGGAUAUUAUUCCUAUUAUAGGGAUUGGAGGAAUAGGGAAAACAACACUAGCCCAGCUUGUGUAUAAUGAUGAGAUGAUCAAGCCCCACUUUGUUACCCAUGUUUGGGUAUGUGUUUCGGAACCUUUUGACGAGAUUAAGGUUGCCAAAGCAAUUAUUGAAUCCAUUGAAGGUAAAACCCCAAAUAUCAAUGAAUUGGAAACUUUACUGCAACAUAUUCGCAAGUGUAUUGAAAGAAAGAGGUUUCUUCUUAUAUUAGAUGAUGUCUGGACCGAGGAUAAGCAAAAGUGGAAACAGUUAAAGCAAAGUCUUAGUUCUGGUGCGAUAGGAAGUAGAAUACUUGUCACCUCAAGAAAAAAAGAAGUUGCUAUCAUAAUGGAAGCGGUCAAUUACAUGAUUACCUUAGAAAAGUUGUCUGAAAGAUCAUUGUUGGUCAAUAUUCAAGCAACAAGCAUUCAUAGAGAGAAAAGAGGAAGAGUGCAAAGUACUGGAAGGAAUUGGUCAAAAAAUUGCCAGCAAAGCCAAUGGCUCACCCCUUGUUGCAAAAACAUUAGGAAGUCUUGUGUGCUUUAA